UGAAUUAUCAUAAUAAUAACAAUAAUAAUAAUACUUUUUUUUUUAAACGUUGACUUUUCACAUGGGAUCAAGGAGUUAGUUCUAAUUAGCUCCUUGCAUGGGAUGCAUGUAAAGGAGAAACUUGCACACACAAAACAAAAAAACUCAUAAACUUAGCCUUCGUUCAUAUGACCAGAAACCUAGCAAUAUAAACAUAGCUAGCUAUGUCUCUGGUAUAGAUCUAGACCUAGGCCUUGGAAGGAGUCUAGACCUAUACUAGGCCCAUGAAAAUAAUAUGCAGAAGAAAAAAAAAUCAGUCGCAGACCUUGCCCUGGGGCCAGGACCGACCACCAAGUCUCUGCUUUGGUUAGACCAGUUGUUUCCCCUGAUGGCGGGAAACUAUUGCGCUUCCCCGCUUUCACUGACCUUUGACGUUUCACCCUUUGUAUUUCUUAGCCAAUAGCGAAGCCAUUUGGUAGGGCGCAGUGUUUAGCUGCUCUGUGCCGUAACUGUGUCGAAUGUGUUAACACUAAAAAGGAGCGUCGGCCACCGCCUAUUUUGGUAGUUCGGCCAACACACGAAGAGAGUGUGUUGCCACACAAACAUGAUAAGUGCUCCCACUGAUGAUACUGAAGAAGGCAUGAAGGAAAUUCAAGAAGAAAUUGUUUCAGACUACUCAGAUGUUUAUGCAUCUGGUGAAGACCAUCCGCUGCACCAGUUUUGUGCACGACUCGUUGUCCCGAGAGAUGUUGAAGGACGAGCUGGUAAAAUCCUCAGGGCAGUGGACCAAGCAGAUUUGUCUGAUCACAAGAUGUCACAGAUGGAGACUAUAGCCUGUGUUGUGUUUAUGGCCUCUGUGGAAGUCAGGAUGCCUUAUCUUCGAGAAGACCUUAACGAGGCUGUCGAACAUUUGUUACCACAUUCUGUGACGGUCAACAAGAUAUUGCAAGUGGCUGAUAUAAAUAUCAAGAGCUUUUUUGACACGAUCAACAUCCUGAAGGAUAAACUGCUUCCUGCUGACUCUGUGACAAAUUACCUCAUUUCUAUAGAGAGAAACUAUUGCGUUGUGGCAGCCCUACAUAAUACAUUCCAGACACGCAUGUGCUCCAGUGUAUUCCGGAAUGAAGGCAGGAGUGGAGACGAAGAAUAUGUACUGCCACCUAUACCUGAGACAGAGGGAGUUUCCUUUCGCAGAAAACAAUGCUGGGUGCUUUUCUUGCUGGCAAAACAUUAUCUUCUCAAAGAGGUGAAGGAGCUGUUUCCGAAUUUUCAACUGUUGGUGUGUGCUUUAGAGUUUGUUCUUCGACAGACACCGUCCUUUCUCCUGCAUUCACCAUACGAUUCAUUUCGCUUUGAGUCCUCUUCCGCAACAGAUGAUAGCACAGUCCUUUUGGAUCAUCUGGUAUCUGACUUUGACUUGCCCCUGUCAGAGCAGGUUUCUUAUAUGAACAAGAUUGCACUACCGUACUUCCAGACACUUCUCACGAAUGACGGCCAAUUAGAUUUAGACCAGCUGUGUGCAGAAUAUGACGUUAUCUACAAGAAAGGAGGCGGCAUUGACGAAAUGCUCUUUCUGGAGAGAGAUUGGCACCUGAUGCCACUUGAUAUCACAAGUGGAUUUGAUGCACUCAGCAUUGACAAUGACCGUCAAAAGGAUAAGCAAAGCUCUCCUCUAGGCAGUAUGACCCCCACAAGGGCUGCUGUUUCAACUGUGCAGCAGUUCAUGUCUAUAGUGAAGCCUAUGAAAGCAGAACCUACAAAGAGUCUUCUAAAAAUCUUUAAAUGGUGCAAGCCUGACCCGACUGAGUUAGUGAGGGAGCAAGUCCUCGCUCUGCAGAACGCGUUUGUCAACAAGUACAAGACCUUGAUGGGGCAGAAGGACAUCUAUGUGCCAUGUUGCCGCUACUCCAAUGCCAUCAGACUUUUCUUCAAGGUCCUCGAAUCAAUGCUAGAAAAGGAGUCGAAACGGUUGUCGGAGAAUCUCUUGGGCACUUUGCUUCAAAAAAAGGAAUUCAUUCAGUCUAUGGUGGCAGUCAGCUGUGAGGUCACCAUCGCUACAUUUGGUCAGAGUUGGAGCCAGGCAUCAGGCUCGAUGACCUCAGAAGCAGCCAAGUCCAAGUUUCCGUGGGUGCUGGAAAUUUUUGACCUCCAGGCGUAUGAGUUUUACAAGGUGAUAGAGAGCUUCAUCAAAGCUGAGCCAUUGCUUCCUGCUGUCAUUGUGAAGCAUUUGCAGAAUGUGGAGCAAUACAUUUUGGAGAGUCUGGCAUGGAAAAAGGACUCCAUGCUGUUUAAUGUGAUGGGCACCUGGGAAGUUGGACAGAUGACCACACCCACCAACUCUCCAGCGAAAUCUCCAGACAAAAGUAACAGUGUGAGGGCUGAGCAGAACGAGUCGCCCGCUCAUUUAUUCAUGUCUCCGGUGCGCCAACUCUUUCCACCUCAAGGGUCUCCCGUAAAAGUGGAACAGUCUGCUUCAACCCCCAUCUCUUCACCGUCCAAAACAGAAUCUCCUGCCAAAGAAGGUUCACCUGCUCACUCAGCCAACAGCAGCUCUGACACUUCAACCUCAGUGAGGCCUCCGGCCAGAAAGUCUCAGUCGUUAUCUCAUUUUUUAAGUCGUGUGUGCAGGCUGGGCUACUGUCGUCUCUCUAAGCUGUGCACCAAUCUGCAGAUCGCCAAGGAUGUGCAACACAAAAUCUGGACUUGCUUCGAGCACUGUGUCACGCAAAUGCCAAACUUGAUUAAAAACCGCCAUAUAGAUCAGAUCCUUAUGUGCUGCAUCUUUGGGAUGUGCAAAGUUGUGGGACAAGACGUUCGGUUCAAGAGCAUUGUGCAUGAAUACAAGACGAUGGCUCAUGCUAGACCUGAGAUCCACAAGCAUGUGUACAUCAACCGUAACAAAGUGGACUCCAUCAUUGUGUUCUACAAUCAUGUGUUCCUGCAGAACAUCAAGCCUUACAUCCUGCAGUUCUCACCACAGCGGCCCACGACUCCACAGCUGUCUCCUCUGCCAAAGCAUGCUCAGGCGUCCCCGAGACACAGCUUGUUAGGGAAGAGAAAGUUCACUGUUUCACCGAUGAAAGAUUCCGAGUUCAAGACACCAGCGUCACCUAGUCAGAUGACUCCCUCCACUAGACUUCUCUACAGCUUUGGUGACACGAUUGGCUCGUCGGAAAAGCUGAAGCACAUAAAUGCAACAAUGAUGGCCCGAGGAAGCAUGUCAGCAAAGAAAAAGCUCAACUUGGACGAUAUGGCGCCUCUGUCCACACCUUCUGUGCCAAAGUCGAGCAAAAGCCUGGACUUUUCAUCUGAACCGCCUCAACCCGAGUGAAAUCUUGAGUGCCAGGUCACAAGGCUAGUGCGAAAAGUACACGCUACAACUUUGGCGUACUUUUGGUGUAUGUUUUUGAAUGGUGUGUUCCAUAUUAUGCAUUAAGACACCUGCUUCAAGAACAGGGUAUAACGUGUACUGGAUUUUUUUUUUCCUGACUGUUCUCUUUGGAGAGGUUAUCGCGUCCACAUAAUAUGUCAUCCGUCUCUCAAACAGCUUUAUAAUAAAUUUUGGCAGCAGUUUUGUGGUUUAAAUGCAUUGCCUCUGCAUGGGACAGAGUCUGCGACACACUCUUUCACUUUCAUUGAAUGAUAUUAUUUCAGUAUCUUCAAUGGUAUGUGAUAUGAUAUGCCAUUUAUGUUGACCCUAACAGCCUCAGUCGUGUGUAGUUCCCUCAUGAGUUCUUGUCUCUCCACCCCCCCC